CUUACCGUUGACGCUACGCUGCCAGCUCGAAAAUUGCUUUUCCGUAACGGUACUAUAGGGACAAAAAUUUUUCUCGAAAUAUUUAAAAAAAUAUUUCUCGAGAAUGCCUCAAUAGUGGGUCCUACGGCUUUACAGGAGUAAAUGUAUGAGUGCGUACUACACACCUAUAAAAUUUUAAUCAAAUCGGUGAUCAGAGACUGCCGGGUUCCCCUUGUCAGUUUUGUUACAUUUACAGCACGCUGGCAGCGCGGUGGGAGAAACCCACACAAGCGGCGCCCGUAUCCGUGAGCGCGGCGACGUUCGGCCGAGUUCGGGAGAAUAGAAGAGUACAGACGAUAUCGCUAUCCUUCGGCGAUAGCUAUAGCUACCCCGCCGGCCGCGAGACGCGCUAAGCUGUCUCCGUUCGUAUUGUGCCGCUUGUCACCGCUUCUCGGAUACAUCGACAUGAUUUAGAAUCAGAUGCGGGAAAUAAAAAAUCUCAAAAUAAAGUAGAAACACAAAAAAGACAGAACUUAGCUGAAACAGAAAAUCCAAGUUUAGCUAAGAAAAAAAAUGGUUAAUCUAAACAUGCUUGCUGAAAAAAGAAUCACUGCUUUUAGUGUUUCACAGGAAUUAAUGGAUUUAGAUUUAAAGAAGCUUCUUGGACAGUCCUUAGAAGGUAAAGCUAUCCUUGAAACUUAUGAAAUAAAUAAAUGUUUAGAAGAAGAAGAUCGAACUGCCCUUGUAGACAUUGUUAUUAAGUGGUUACUUUUUUGUAUUAAUCAACCCAAAAAAUCUGACUUAAGUAUAUUGAAAGACAAGAUUUUAACUCUAUUUACAAACGAAGAGAAUGUAUACUACAUUGCUCCAAAAGAAGAGGGAGAUAAUCAAUUUCUUGCUAGAGGGAAACUUUUUGAUAGGACAAGAAAUUUGAAAGAAUGGAUGAGGAAAAAUAUCUCCUUCCUAGAGUGAAAACAUCUAAACAGAAUGCUUAUAAAGAAGUAUCUACAAUAACAACAUGUUAUAUUUUGCAUAUUUAAUAUUAUAUUUACUUUUAAUUUGGACGAUUUGUAAUUUUAAACAUUCAUGAUAUUUUUAGUCAAUGUGGUUAAAGUUACUGUGAUUGUUGAGACAGCUUCGUAUUGUAGAAAAUGGUAUUCCAUAGCAACAAAUUAAAACAGUUUGGACAUUUUUAUUCCUAUCAAAUUUAUUAAACUUUUCAAAUUUUGUUAGUUAUGUGUAUGAGUAAUUAAGUAAAAUUUUAAGCUUCUUAAUCAGAUAAAAAAUGUAUAUGGACUUUGUGGAAGUUUGUAGUUACUUUUUAAACUUUAUCUCAAACAUUUGAAUCGUACAAAAAAUAAGUUAGAUAAGAAGCUAUUUUAUUUAUCUAUUAGUUUUGUAACACAUUAUUUCUUAUGUGCAGCUGCUUCAAUAGAACUUACAAAGAAUAUAGAAAUAGCUUUGAAUUGGAAAAGUUUUCAUGAACCAUGGAGUAAAGUAGAGGAAAAAUGGGCUGUAACAUCAAAAUACAAACGAAAUGUACUAAUAGCUUCAAGAUUGCAAGCUAAAGAACGACGUGUAGAAUGUAUUAAAGCUGCAUCUUAUUUGGAUGAAUAUAAAGUUCUUCGUCUCAGUCAGGGUUAGGAUUUUACAUUAGUAAGGAUUUUUGUUAAUAAAUUUAUCGUUGCUUUUAAAUAUUUUAAUGUACCAUAAAUGUCUGUAUAAACAAAGUAUUACACACUCAGCAUUGUUCUAUCUUGUUAUCUAGAUUGUGAAAUAGACUUUGCAAUGUCUUAUCAACCUGGUUUACAAGAUGCGUUGAUCACAAAUUGACAUUCAUUUAUUCAGAAAAUUGAGUUUAUUUUACAAAAUAAUGUUAAGUUUAUAAAAGAUCCUGAAGGGAAAAUGCUGCGACAGCUUUAUUUUAAGACCACCAACAAAGAAUCAAAAAAUAUUCUGCUUAUGCAGUGCUUACCUUCACUGCUACCUCCAAGUAGGCAAGUGCAGCUUGGCACAAAGAAAUUCAAACCUACAAUUAAAGAAAGCAGAGAUGCUUUUAUUGCUAAUGUUAAGAUUCCUGGUCAAGUUCAAAAUUUUAUAGCAGAAAGACGUGAAAAAAUAUGCAAUCAAUUUGGACGAUCUGCCUCCGUACAACCAUACAUUUUAUAUGUAGCCAAACAACUAGAUGUGAUAGAUGAAAUAUUUGUUGUGAUUGACGACUUUUAUUACAAAUUAGGAACCUUCCAGCAAGCAUUGGAUAUAUGCUUCAAGACUUUCUUUGUUUUAGACAUGGUUUUCACUGCCCAAUGUGACCACGUAUGGUUACUUAUUCAAAAAACUCUUUAUGGCUUUACAACUACAGAGGACGCAAACAUCCUUAAACCUGAAGCUUUUAUUGUAGGUCAUUCUCUAAGUUCAAAACAUUCAUAUGGAUCUGUGUUAAUGGAGCCAACUGAUCUUUAUGGUCAAUUUAUUCCCAUGCGCUCAGUAUUACGUGCAUUUUUGGAAUUACUACAUGUUUUCAAUAAAAUUUUAUCGUACAUGAAUAAAUUAGGAAGAUCAGAUGGCUCUAUCAUUGAAAAUUUAAUUCAAGCAAAAUUGUGGAAAGAAAAAAUCAAACCGAGAUUUCCUGGUAAACUUCUGCUUCCUAUUGGAUGCUACUACUAUGAUGAGUUUGAACCCGGAGAUACUUGCUCUCCUCAUAACGGUGUUAAUAAAAUAGGUGUUUUAUACUACUUUUUACCUUGUUUAUCACCUGAAGACAGAAGUGCUUUAGAAAAUAUGUUCUCAGCUCAAAUUGUGUAUGCACAAGAUAAAUACUUUGGAAAUGGUGAAUUAUUUCGUAGAACUCUACAUGAGUUGCAGUAUCUUGAAACUGAAGGAAUUACUAUAGUGGUAAACGGCACAGAAACUCAAGAUCAUUUUGCACUUGCUGUGUUUGUGGGUGAUACUGAAGGUGUGCGUAAUGUGUUGGGAUUUAUUAAUUCCUUCAACGCAAACUAUUGUUGUCGAAGAUGCAAAGUUCACAAAAGUAUAUCUUAUACUCAAACAAAAGUCAAUACGUCUCUUCUGAGGAAUCGCUAGAAUUAUGCAGCGGAUGUUGCCAUAAAUAACUACAGCAAUACAGGUAUAAAAUCUUCUUGUAUAUGGAACGAUCUUUUGGGAUUCCAUUGUACUGAAAAUAUUGCCUAUGACUUAAUACAUGAUCUUGAUGAAGGAUCAUGGAAUUAUGACAUGUCUUUACUAAUUUUGAAAUUAAUAGAGCUAAAACGCUUCACUAUUGAUGAAUUAAAUAAUAGAAUUCAAGGAUUUGAUUAUGGCUAUUGUGAGACAUCAAACAGGCCAGGUAUUGUUGAAAUAAAAAACCUCAAAAAGAGAAGUCUUCCGUUUACAGUUGCUGAGACACUGUAUUUUGUGAGGUAUUUUAGUCUUAUGAUUGGAGAUUAUAUUACAACUGAAGAUAAGCAACUAUGGCGCUUUUAUGAAGUCAUUGUUGAAAUUGUCAACAUUCUUCUUUCUCCAACUGUAACACGUAAUGACAUAGUUUUUCUUAAAAGCUUGAUAACUGAGCAUCAUUCUUUAUAUUUGGAGUUGUUUCCUAAUGAGACUUUAAAACCGAAACAUCAUAAUAUGCUUCAUUAUGAUGAAUGUUGUGAACA